AUGACCACCACCACCGUAACCAACCACCACAAUCCACCAAAUUCUCUAACCCCAGACGACAUAAUCCGGUUAGCCCAAUACCACACAACCGCCCCACUCCACCCAUUCCUCUUAUCCCCAACUUCUCACCAAACCCUAAUUUCACAUCUUUUCACCCUCCCAGAAUCCGUUAUCUCAACCUACACUUCCUCUUUACUCUCUCUCAUCUCUCCUUCACUUUCUCUCUCUACACUCACAUCCUCUCUCCUCACUUCUUAUAUCUCUCUUUUCACUUCCCACAAAUUCCCUCACAAUCACACUUCUUAUAAAACCAUCCAUCUUUUUAUCCCUCAUCUCGAUACUCUCCCGAUUCCCGACUUAUUAUCCGUUUCCGAAUCGAUCCUUUCCGGUUUAGAUGAUCCUGAUGAUCAUGAACUAGAUGAUUUCCAGCUUUUGGACUUGCUUCCUAACUGUUUGAAUAUUGUGUACAAUAGUGAAAUGCAUAGUUUAAAACCGAAUGAGACGGUUAACGGAUUGUUUGAUCGGAUGUUGGAUACGCGUUGGUCGGGUGUUUUGAUAGUUAAACUUGUGUCGAUAAUUCGUGAGUUUCAGUUUGUUGAUAAAUUGAGAUGUAGACAGUUUGUAGCUAAGGUGUUUGAUGAAAUGCAUUGUGUGGAAAUGCAGGAUUUGCCGUCUUUGGUUUAUCAGUUAUUGGUUUUGGCGUCGAAAGGGUUUUGUAAACGGGAAGUGGUUCAAGGGGUGGUUGUGUUUUUCGGGAGUCGAAUAGGGGUGAAAAAGGCUAGUGCGAAUGUUGUUAGGGAAGUUGAAGGGACUGUUUUGUUACAUGUGAAUUUUGCGGUGAAGCAAGAUCCUUCAUUGGGACAAGAAGUUAUGGGGCUUGUCAGGUCGGAUGUUCAUGUGAUUGAUCAUUUUGUUGUUGGGUUGUUGUUGUCAAUCGCGAGAGUUAGGAGGUACAGUGAGAGCUCAAUGGGAACGCUGAAAACGGCGCUGUGCAAUGUUUACAAGGAUUAUAAGUUCUCUAGACAUUGUAAAUGGCUACCCGAUGACUUAAAGGAGGAGUAUCUGCAAAAUGCCAUAUUGACAGAGAAAGCGGUGAUAAGAGCUGUUAAUGCGAGUAAUUAUGGAAGAGAGCAUAUCAUCCCUAGCAUAGUGCAGUUGGCCUUUGUGUUGGUAGAAUCGGUGGAGGAGAUUAGUUAUAAAGACCUUGCAAAUACUGGUCUUAUGGGUUCUCACGAGCUAGGCAUUCAGAUGCUAAAAAGUUUAUUUGAGGCUCAUGAUAUGGCAAGAAAUGAGAUAAUCGAGCAAUGUAAGUUUAGAAUACUUUCUCUCAAGCCUCAGCAAAGUUUAGCUAUCAUAAGGUUACUUGGUAACCUAGUGCAGAACUACCCCUAUCCUAUGUUAGAGUACGUUUCACAUUUGAAGGAAUUGUUAGAUUAUUUUGGUUUCAUGCAAAGCAAGGUUGCUUCCCAUCUGAUUAGCGUUUUAUUGCCCCUCAUCAAGUUCAGUGAUAAUCUUCAGGAUUACAUCAUUUUGGUGGUGCGCAAAGCUAUGUUUAGACAAGAAGAUCAAAUCCGCAUAGCUGCAGCUGAAGCCAUUAUAUAUUUAGUUGUUGCAGAUAAACAAUCCAAACAAAAUAGACCGUCUGCUUAUCAGGAGUCAUCAAGUCAAGCUAGUAGUAGUCAAGCACAUGAAAUACCCAGUGGAAUGGGCGGCGAUCUUUUCAAAGAGCUCAGUGGUUUAUUGCAACGAUGUCUCUACCAGCAGGCUCAAGUGAAAAAGAUUAUAUACAAGGGACUCCUAAAGCUUGUGCUGGUUGAUCCAUUAACUGCAGGUGCAGUUUUUAAUUUUCUCUUGCCUCAGUUUCUGAAAUUCUACAAAGAAGAUGGUCAACUUGGUAUAAACCAGUGUAUUAAGACGGAGAAUGCCAAAGUUUGUAUAGCAGAACCACUAGAUGAUCUCUUAUCUUGUGUCUCAUGGAUUCUUUUGCUUCAGCCACAGACAAGAUCUGAUGUUCGUUCAGAUUCUUUUGGUUUCUCGCUCACACAAGACACCGAGUAUCAGCAGGCAGGAGGAACGCAUGCCGGUGAGUCGUUUUCCAGUGCUUUGCUGACAAUCCGUAAGCUUCUUAGAAAUGAAAAUCUGGAAGGCUUACUUGGUCAAAUGAGAGAUGCUAGCUCAGCAGCUCAACAAGGAGAGAGAUACAAAUAUAGUGCUCAGAUUUUAUCAGGUAUUAUUGAGGUGACAUUGAAUACCGUUGCUACUGAAUUGGAGAAGGCAACUAAUGAGAAAAAGAUAGAGUUGGAGAAAGAAUUCAUAGAUCUAAUUGAUCUUUACGAGUCCUUGGGGAAACAUACUUCCACAUCCACACACAAUUCACAAUAUAAUGGUACUAGAAAAGGGAUAACACAGUCUACUGCUCUUGAACUCACAUACAAAAAUGAAUUGGACACCACAAAGCCCUCUAAAGAACGAGCUUCCUUCUUGGCAACUUCUAGUAUAUAUCAAUUGUUUCAAAUAUCGUUUGAACUGUACAAGCAUGAUGCUGCAAAGAGUAAACUCUUGCAUUUCGUCUUAAACGCCACUUUUUGCCAGAUAAAAUCUUUGUCUUUAGUGGCAAAAGACGAUACAUUAAAGGGUUUGAUCUAUGGAGAUAUUAAGGUGCUAGGACCACCCUUAUUGAAAUCAAUCUGGUUGAUCAUGCGGGUAGAUCCAAAGAAAAAGGAAACCAAGGGGAAAAAGGACAACGAAGAUAGAAAGGGUCUUAUUCUCUUAGCUCUAAUGUGCUUGAAGGAACUGCUAGCUGUCCAUUCUCAAAGCCCAGAGGAAAUGAAAGUAGUUGAAGACAUGCUAUCAAGUUCUGUAGAUGCUCUUGAUUCCGAAGGUGAUCAAAAUGAUCGAGGGAAUGGAAUCAACACUCAAAGCAAAGAAGUCUUUAUCUCAAAAAUUGUGAUACCCUUGGUUUUCAAGCUUCUUCACUCAAAGUUGUUCCAGGAGGUUGAGAUCCUGUGCGACAUUGCAAAGAUGAUUGGGAACACGUCUAGUGAAAGAAGUAACAUUCUUGGAAUCUGGGCAAUAAAUAAGUGUAAAACUAGUAAUUUGGCAAAUCCAAAGAUUGCCAAAAGUCUAGUCACUUUAGCACUAUCAUGUACCCAGGCUCCGAACGAUUUGGUUGUUGCUCGACAUAUGGCAUUGGAAUUGGUCAAAAUCACGGGAUCGCCAUCAGCGAAGCCUGGAACAUAUGGCAUUAUUCAACGCUCAACAGAAACUGUUAUAAUAACUGUUAUUUUGCAGUUAGCAGAAUCAGUUAUUAAUGACAUGGAUCGACUCAGCAUGAAGUUGAAGACUUGCUUCACUGGUGCCUACAAAGAUGAAAAACAUAACUCUCAUUUCACUUUGGAGGACACUUUAUACCAGAGGGCUGAAGCUGUUGUUGAACUGAUAUCUUCUUUUGUCGUCAUGACCCUCAAGGAUUCUCAAGCAGAACAUCUACUGAAAUUGGCCACCAAAUUUUACAAGAACUUGGCUAGGAUUUCAAAGUUCCAUAUUGCGCCCAAAGGUUGCAAGCAAAUCUUACCUAGCCUCAAAUGCCAGAAGCUUGUGGAAGUGACUUGCAAGCAGCUAACAGCCCCCUUGUACACGUUUGUGGAUUUAAUGCAACAGAAUCAACAAGAUAAUAGAGCAAGUAAAGGGAUGAUAAACAAGAUCAAAAGGGAGAAUAGAUGCAUCCCAGAUUUGAUAUAUCAGAUAGAAGACUAUGAGAAGUAUCUGAUUCUACUUAGCAAGGCUAGCAAAAUCAACUUGUUAAGGCAUGCAAAACGCAGCACUGCCAGAGACUUUAGAAUAGAGUAUCCAAAAAAUAUUUCCCAGCAAGAAAAUGGCCUCGACCAGGAAGAACCCAAUGAGGAUAACGAGUCCACACCUCAAAAUGAUUUGGUCCAAGACUCUGGAGAUGGCGAGGAAGAUGCAUCAGAUACCGCUUUGGCUGCAGAGGAUUCUGAAGCCUGCGAUGAAGAUGACAACGCCAUGCCCAGUACAAAGAGAAGCAGAAUUGUUCAUGACUCGGAUGAUGAGUGAAGCAUAAGGAGUCCGUGUAGUUAGCUGGGAUGGAGUAUAUAUGAAUCAUUUCACUAUUCGACAUAAAUACAUGAUAAAUUUGUGUUUUA